GCAUCCAUUGCGUUCCGGCCCUGCAGUACUUCGUCCGGCAGCACCGGGCCGUGGAACCUGCGUUCCGGGCUCGGCGCUCCGGGCUGCCCAGGGCUGGGCCCGGGACGCGGCUGGCCGCCAUGGCGCAGCUGGAGGGCUAUUACUUCUCGGCCGCCUUGAGCUGCACCUUCCUGGUGUCCUGCCUGCUCUUCUCCGCCUUCAGCCGCGCUCUGCGUGAGCCUUACAUGGACGAGAUCUUCCACCUGCCGCAGGCGCAGCGUUACUGUGAGGGCCGCUUCUCUCUGUCCCAGUGGGAUCCUAUGAUUACUACAUUACCUGGCCUGUAUCUGGUGUCAGUUGGAGUGGUCAAACCUGCCAUGUGGAUCCUUGGAUGGUCUGAACAUGUUGUCUGCUCCAUUGGAAUGCUCAGAUUUGUCAAUCUUCUCUUCAGUGUUGGCAACUUCUAUUUACUGUAUUUGCUUUUCAGGAAAGUACAACCCAGAAACAAGGCUUCUUCAAGUAUCCAGAGAAUCUUGUCAACGUUAACGCUAGCGGUAUUUCCGACCCUCUAUUUUUUUAACUUUCUCUACUAUACGGAAGCAGGGUCUGUAUUCUUCACGCUUUUUGCUUAUUUGAUGUGUCUUUACGGCAACCAUAGGACUUCCGCCUUGCUUGGAUUUUGUGGCUUCAUGUUUCGUCAGACCAACAUCAUCUGGGUGGCCUUCUGUGCAGGACACAUCAUUGCACAGAAGUGCGGUGAGGCCUGGAAAACAGAACUGCAGAAGAAGAAGGAGGAGAGGCUGCCCCCCGCUAAGGGACCGUUCUCAGAACUCAGAAGAGUUCUGCAGUUUCUGCUGGUGUACUUCAUGUCCCUUAAGAACCUGAGGAUGCUUUUCCUUUUGACCUGGCCCUACGUGCUUCUGCUCUUGGCGUUUUUGGCUUUUGUGGUAGUUAAUGGUGGGAUUGUUGUUGGCGACCGGAGUAGUCACGAGGCCUGUCUCCAUUUCCCUCAGUUGUUCUACUUCUUCUCCUUUACCGCCUUCUUCUCCUUCCCUCACCUACUUUCUCCGACCAGAGUCAAGACUUUUCUUAGCUUAGUUUGGAAACGUAGAAUUCAGUUCUCUGUGAUCGCGUUAGUCUCGAUAUUUUUGGUUUGGAAAUUCACUUAUGUCCAUAAGUAUCUAUUGGCAGACAAUAGGCAUUACACAUUUUAUGUGUGGAAAAGAAUAUUUCAGAGACAUGAAGUUGUCAAAUAUUUAUUAGUUCCAGCCUACAUUUUUGCUGGCUGGGCUAUAGCUGACUCUUUAAAGUCUAAGUCAGUUUUCUGGAAUUUAAUGUUUUUUGUAUGCUUGGUUGCUUCUACAGUUCCUCAGAAACUUCUAGAAUUCCGUUACUUCAUUUUACCAUACAUUAUUUAUAGGCUUAACAUACCUCUGCCACCCAUAUCUAGGCUUGUUUGUGAACUGAGUUGCUAUACAAUUGUUAAUUUUCUAACUUUUUAUAUCUUUCUGAACAAGACUUUUCAGUGGCCAAAUAGUCAGGGCGUCCAGAGGUUUAUGUGGUAGUGGCGGAGCUUUAAAGACUCUUCCUACAGCAGCAAAUAACUGGUUACAUAGAAGUGGAAUUGCUUUUAAGUAAAUUCAGGGAAAUGAAAAGAAUUAAAUUUGAGACUAGCCUAAAAGCUCUGAAUAAUAAUAACAAAGUUGCUGCAGUCAUCUUGAGAAUCUUUUCAGACAUGGGAACUUUUCUCUGUGUGUGUGUACGUUUACGGGGCUGAGUAAGUUCUUCACCAACUUUCUUUUGUAAACAACUGCAAGGAAUUUGAAAACUGUUUACAAAUAAAUGAUCCAGCAAUAUUUCUGAGUAAAAUUGUAAGAUAUUGUAAUAAAUAUAGCUCCGAUCUUAGAAUAGAUGUACAGACAUAACAAAUCAUUAACUAGAGGCUUUGAGAUGUCUAAGAAACAGGUAUUUUAAUUUACAGUGUAGGAGUGAUGAAGCCAUUUGAACUAAUUCCUUAUUUGACAUUUAUGCAGGCCAAAGAUUAACUGUAUUGAUUAUAACACUUUUUAUAGAUAAUCUUUUUGAAAUACUGCUCUGUUAAUUAUCCAGGCUCCUGCACAAAACCAACUACAAAACUUAUGGCUUCAGAGUUUUUCCUCACAUUCGUCUAGGCAGCACCUAAACUCAGGUGUUGCCAGAGCUUACUCUUUCGGGAUCUGAGAGUCCAUUGUCCCUUUUUGGCUCACUCCAGCAAUUGCUUAGAGGACCCUUAUUUUUGGACAGGUUCCUGGAGUCUAUCUGUCUUCAUAGAACUGUCUCCACUGGCUUUUUGUGCAGUUAAUGCCAUUGGGUUUAGGGAUCCUCUGAUUCAGGGUAAUGCUACCUGGAGAACCUUGAUUAUCUAAGAGUUUUUAAAGUAAGGUCCCAUUCAUAGGUCCAACAUCAUUUUUGUGUUUGUGUGUGGGGGGGAUGUCCUUGCUUAGAGCUUUUAGGUAAAAGUUUGUUUUUAAACAGGCAAAAGAAAAGAAAGCAAGUGGCUGAGGUCGUAUAAUUUACAUUUGUCCCCGUUAUCCAAACAAACCAGAAGAUCUCAAAACAUGAGAGAAGUCACUGGUUUAGUUUCAUUUCAUAAUUUAGUGAGCUCUAGUGGGUGUGACUCUGGGGUUUGCUUUGUCUGGCUUUCAGUUGUGUUCUACUGUUGAAAGUUUAUUUAUUGUCACUGUUACAGACACUGUUGCUUAGUCCUGUGCUGUGACUGUAAACAUGAAACUGUAACUCGAGUUUACUUAGCCCACUCUUCCUUCUGAACUUCACACACACACACACACACACACACACACACCCCAAAGGGACAAAAACCUUUCCUUUUAUUGUUGGAUAUACAACUUGAAAACUACUUGUGUAAAAGUUCCAAACAUAGUCCUGUGGUCAGCCAGCACAGACCAUCGCUCUGUUAGAUCCUUAGGAGGUUUGACUCGAGUGCAACAGUGAUUGAAUUGUUAUCAGAUCAGGACGCUUCCUGACGGUUUAUCAUGAUAGAGAGCUAAGUCCAGGAAGCUGGAAGUGCAAGUACUUAUAGUUGAAUACAACAACUGCCGGCUGAUGCUCUUAGUCCUGGAGUUUUGUGCCUGCAGUCUGGAGGAAAACACUUUGUCCCCUGUAAUGGAAGGAGGCUCCUUUCAGAUGUGUUGGUCACUUCUGAACUAGGAGGCAUCGUAGGAGUCUACAGAGAGAGAAGCGGAUAUCGGUAUUCACCACUUUCCCUAAAGUAUUGGAAGCAGGACUUGGCAUUUCAGACAAAAUGCCAGGAAUUAAAUGGUGCUAUUUAUUUGUUACUGUGAUUUUAAAACUGGAUGCAUGUUGAUACUUUUAAAGUAGAGGCUUGGCUAAACUGGCUUGGGCAGUUGACAAGUUGAUGCUCAUUUGCUGAUACAUUUCUCAAUCUUUGUAACUAAGUAUGUGAGAGAAAAGGGCUUCACAUAGCAGGGCGGCUCACUUUUGGUUGUUCAAAAUAACAGAGCCAUUUCUGAAAUCGUUUCACUUGGAAAAAAAAACCUUGCUUUUACAAAUAAAAAAUAUAUUUCUGCCUUAUAUUUUUAAAAAGAAUUAUCAAGUAUUUUUCAUUAGACUUGACUUUAUUGGUUAGUUAGUGAUCAUAAGGGGCUCAGUGGUUAAAAGCUUGAGCCACCCUUGCAGGGACCCGUGAGGCUCCUGGUCCCUAGGGCAGCACAUAACCACUUAGAGCUCCACCUCUAGGGCACUGACUGCAGGCCUCUGGCUCUGCAGUCUCCUGUACUCACCUGCAUACCACCCACCACCCACACACAUUUAAGUUAAAAAUUCUAAAAGGUCAUAGACAAUAUCACCGGCUGAAGGGGUUGUGGCGCUCGGCGUUCUCCAUCACUGUUCCAGUAGGAUAUUUUAAAGCCUGAGCGGCUUUAGGCUCAGUAAUCAGUUGAACCAGCUCUACUUUACGUGAAAAUCCACAGACACAGCCUAUUUCUCAGAUCUCUUAGUAAGAGUUUGUGUGCAGUGUAUUUGUUUACACCGACGCCUUCCGUGGAUACUCCUUUUGUGGCUGUGUCUCACCAAGGGAUGUGGAAGUAGUGUUUUGUACUUUACACCUAGUAGAUAAUCUUGCAAGAGGAAUUUCUGUUUUCACAGACAUCUGUUUUUGUGCUGUUAUAAAAUACUCACUAUAAACAAUGCAAUUGACUUAUAGGGAAUAGUCUAGGCUAAGACAUGUUUCUAGUGUGAACUCAACUGACGUGACAUUGUGCUCGUCACCUUUGUCUAGAGAGGAGAAGGGUUCACAACUUUCAUUUAUCAUUCCUAGAGAGUGAACAUAUAUUCUAGGUCCAGUUCAAACUUGUAUUCAGAUAAAAUCAUGUUUAUUGUCUUAGAGCAAUUAGAAAGUCUCCAAGUGUUAAGACAAGUGUAAUGUACAUAAUAUUUUUCAUAGAGGAAAUUAAAGUAAGAUGUAGAAAAGAAGUCCUUGAUUUUUGGCUCAAGAAUAAAAAGACAGAUUGUUCAAGGACAGUUGUUUGUUCCUAAUCUCAAAUGAUAAUGUAAUGUCUGAACUCUAGUUAGUACCUGGUGUGAGCCCUACUGUGCUUCAACAGGGAUUCAUGCAGUAGUACAUAUCCAUAAAGCUCAUAAACAUGCCAUAUGACGUGUAGUGGGUACAUUUGUACUAAAUGGAAUUUCCAGUAUAGAAGGAAGCAGAUAUUGUAAAAAAGUACCAUAUAACCAACUCAAUUUAGGAAGUAAAUUGUAUUUUAUAGUAAGAGCCAUCCUGACCUCUCUUCUCCAUGUUUUUUGACUGUUAUUUUCUGUACUGAUGAGUGCAGACAUGUACAUUUCAUAUGCUCUGUCUGCAGUAGGAUAUGAUUUUAAUAGUACCAUUUAAGAUGUGAGAUCAUUCAGUAUUAUAGUAAGUUUUGGUGAUUUCCCUUACUUAAUCAGGACAUUUCAACCAGUUAGAGACUUCUUGUUUGGUUUUAGCUCUUUGGAGGAUUUACUUCAUUUUCUUUGGGUACAUUUUAUAUAUUUGAAGUCAAUGGCAAUAUGCUGUUAAGAAACAUAUAAUAAAUUAGAUACUGGUGACAUAAUUUUAAUAUAUCCAUGAUUCCAGCACCAAAUCCCAUAAUGUUUGAAAAUUAUUUCUAAAGUAAAUUUUGUGAUAUUAGAUAAUCCAAUAAUCUAUAUUAUUUAAGAUAUUGAUUAAUGGCCAUUUCUUCAUAUCUUAGACACUGUUAGAGCAAAAGUAGGUCAGAUUUCUUUUUCUUUCAAAAAGUAACUAUUAUAUGGAAUUUGCAUUCAGAAAUUUGAUCAGUUCAGUUUCUGUGAGCCGUGUUUAUCACUGUCCUGCUCAAGAUGAGUAAGAAUGAAAAGAAUUAGAGUAGUCAUCUGUAUCAGUGGUGGUUUGCUGGUUGUUACACACACACACACACACACACACAAAUCAUAAAGCUGUGAGUUUUUGCUGUUCUGCUUCACUCGCAAAGCUUAUUAAGAGGAAAUACGGAGGGGAGGGAGGUCUCUUCUCUGUACUGCUCAGACCCUCAUAGCAUGCUACUAUGUGAGUCACAUGUUUCUGAAAUUCUUAAGAGCAUUUUAGAGAAAAAUGAAUAAAUUGGUAAACACUUAGGUUUUAUUAUAAGACGAAUUCUUAAACAAAUUGUUGAUGUUUAAUUGGAAAAGCAUAGCUCCCAUAACAAUAAGUUCUUACAGUCCCUUGAAAGCAUUAUAUGUCAUACAUUGCUUUAAAUGUAGAUCAGAGGUCAAAAAAUAGGUGUUAACUCAAAAACUGCACCUUUUCUGUUUUAGUUAUGUAGUCUCUUCGGGAACUAGGGCUCCCCUAGAUAGGUUUUGUAUUUACUAAAUAUUUUGUCAGGAGAUCUUCAGUGACUUGAGAGGGUAGAUGGGAAGUCUCAAGGUGUCUCCAAACCUGCCAUUUUUAACGUGGGUUCAUUGCAGCUAAUAUUCUUUAUAUUCUUUGGUAUGUCAAGUAUUCAAGUAUUCUCUUGAAAUAUUCUGCCUUUCAUAUAUUUUGUUUCUGAAAUAAAGUGGACGUUUAGCUCUUGUUAUCCUGUUUUUGAAAUUGAGUUAUACAACCGAGCCAAAGGUGGUAUAGAAUUUCAGUGUACCAGUAAUGUAGUAUUUAUCUUACAUACAUUUGUAUUUCUUUGUUAGUACACAAAGGUAUCUGGGUCUCCCUGUAGUGAUGAAUAGGAACUAGUGUGUAAUGAAAUGACAAUGACUAGGUGAUGACAAUGCUGCGUUUUAUUGUACUCUUGUAACUUUUUCUACUAGUCUAGGUUAAACUUUUUAUAGUUUUGUAUUGUUUUGAACCACAGAGAUUUAUAAUUCUCCACCUUUGUUCAUUAUUGUUUGUUGCUCAGGAAGGGUCUCCUAGUCCAGGCUAGCCUGGAAUUUGCAAUGUAGCUAAGAGUGACCUUGAACUCCUGAAUCUCUUUUUGCCUCUACCUCUGGACUGCUGGGAUUGUGGGCAUGCUGCAGCAUGCCUAGUUUAUACAGUGCUGGGGAUCAAACGUAGGACUUAAAGCCUGCUCGGCAAGUACUCUGCCAGAUGGGCUGAAUCCUCGGCCCUGCUUGCUGUGUACUGUGACGGAAAAUGUUUCCUGAGUUACGUGAAUGAAGGCAGUGUAGAACCAGAAGGCACUUGCUCAUGAUUAUGUCUCUGAUGGCGUGUCCUAACAUACCCUGCCAUGGGACUGUUUACCGUGUGCAUUUGGGGGUUGUUUCUGAUAGUAGUGAUGGAUUUGGAAACAACUGUACUGUCUACUUGAGUCUCAUUGUUUCUUAGUUCUCUGUGUUAACUGUAUCGCACACAUGGAGAAACUGAGGAGGGGCUGUCUAAUCUUAGAGACUAAGUAGAAAGAGAUGAUGUGUCUAAUGUUACAAAGUAGCUGUGUGAGCUCCAGUUUAUGAGUAGGAAACCUGACAAGAAUCCGGGCUCUUAGCUGCAGCUGAUUGAAGGAGUGGGGAAAGACACUAAAUCUACCUUCAUUUUUGUAACAUUUUAGAAAAAAAAAAAAUUCCAUGGAAAAUAGAACUUCACUACUUUUCUAGAUCAGUUGAGGCACAUACAAAUGGUCUCUUCCAGAGUAGACAGUCUCUCCCAUGUGUCAUCACUGCCUCAGAUUGUUUUGUGUGAGCACAAAAUCUAUAGCACAGGCCCAAGUUGUCAGCCCUAUUUACCAGGCAGCAAAGAUCUUUGAUAUCCGAUAGAGAUGUAGUUGCUUAAAACUUAAUGUCUCAAAAGAACUUUGGAAAUAAAUGGUUGUUUUAAACUGAUCUGUGAUUUUUAAAUAAUUCUUUCUGAAAGAAUUUGAUCUUUAUUUUAAAUAUGUGUAUAUACAUUUUAAAUGUUUUUUAAAGUUUUACAUUUUGUUACAUUAAAAACUGCAGUUGACUAAAAUUGUGAUUCAUGUCAUUUAAACUCUUGAAUAAACCUAUUUAUAAGAAUAAAAGCUUUUUAAAUAGUUGUUCAG